GGAGAUGUUAAAGUCUCGUACAAUGGACUAAAUGUACACAGCCACAUUUUCCAUUCAAGCACCACCAGGACUUGUACAAUUUCUCGAGCGAGUUGAUCCAAGCGGCAGAGGAAGUCUACAUAAACACCGUCUUGUCUCCCAAGACACCCUGACCCUGAUGUCUCUAGCAAGUCGACGGGAUUCUACCUUUUGCGAGUGCUAUAUCUGUUUCGAAAGCAUUGGCGAACGUAAGUAACUCCUUGAAACAUGGCUGAGAGUAUUCCCACCGAGAUUUUCGAAGCGCAGCGUGAACCUCGCCAUGAUCUUGGUGAUCAAAUUGUGGAUUCCCAUGUGGCUCGCAUCCUCGAUCUAAGCAAGAUCCCUAACUUCAUGUGUGGAUACGAUGCGCUCUCUAUCUAUGGGGCACCGUUGCACGAGGCUACGGAACGUGACUGGGUGGUUCCCGAUGAGCAUAUCGCCCAGGCAAUAAGAGUCUUCACGCAGGCUGGGUUUUUGCAAUGUCCACAUCGGAGCGAAUACGAAAGACUCGGCAAACUCGGGUUGUUGCACAACUUCGACGAUCCCGAACCCGACCCUUUGGGAGAGCUCGAUCCAUGCCCCUAAAGUGUCGAUUUCCAUAUACCGGACUAUCACUUCCACUUGAGCUUUGACUCGGCUAACCGAAACCCACGAGCGAUAGGUUAUACACUGACACGUGCUAUUCAUCUCUACCGCAUGUCGCGGCU